AUGGCGGCUCGUAGAGCGCCCGCGCGCAUGCCGCAUGGCCGUUCACCACCACUCAACGCCGCCGAAGUGCAGCACCAGCACCAGGCAGCCCAGGCAGCCCAGGCAGCCCAGGCCGCCCAAUCAGCACAGCAGUCCCAGCCGCAGGAUGCGCUGUCGGUGCUGCUCGUCACCGCGGGCUACGACCAUACCAUCCGCUUCUGGGAGGCUUGGUCGGGCAUCUGCUCGCGCACCAUCCAGCAUCCAGACUCGCAGGUCAACCGACUCUCCAUCAGCCCCGACAAGCGCUUCCUCGCCGCGGCGGCCAACACGCACAUCCGUCUGUACGACUGCUCGAUAGCCUCGCCCGCGAGCAUUGCUGCCGCCAACGGUGGGGGUGCCAACGCCAAUGUCGGCGCUCCGGCACAACCCAUCGCCACGCUCGAGGGGCAUCAGGGCAACGUGACGGGCAUCGCGUGGCAUUGCGACAUGCAGUGGCUCGUGUCCGGCGGCGAAGAUGGCCUGCUCAAGAUCUGGGAUCUGCGCACAUCCAGAGCCACGCGCAUAUACGAUCACAGGGGUCCCGUGAACGAUGUUGUCGUGCAUCCCAACCAGGGAGAGCUCGUGAGCUGCGACCAGAACGGCAGCGUCAAAGUGUGGGACUUGGGCCAGAAUGGAUGUAGCCAUGAACUGGUGCCCGAAGAAGGCGUACCUAUUCGAUCCGUCACCGUUGCUGCGGAUGGAAGCUGUCUCGUUGCGGGCAACAAUACCGGCAAGGUGUACGUCUGGAGAUUCGUCAACGGCUCCUACGAGCCACACCAGCAGAUCGCACCGCCUUCGCCAGCAGCCGCAGGAGACUUCACAGAGCUUCAGCCGGUUACCACGUUCCAGGCGCACGAAAAGUACCUCACGCGUGUCCUGCUCAGUCCCGACGUUAGACACUUGGCGACGUGUUCGGCGGAUGCGACGGUCAAGAUCUGGUCUACGUCGCGCUACGAGUUUGCGCUCGAAAAGACGCUGGUGGGCCACCAGCGCUGGGUGUGGGAUGCGGCGUUCAGUGCGGACUCGGCCUACCUCGUCACCGCGUCGUCGGACCAUGUGGCGCGGCUGUGGGAGCUGGCGUCGGGCGAGACGGUGCGCCAGUACAACGGACACCACCGUGCCGCCGUGUGCGUCGCACUCAACGACGCCUCGCUCGGCGGACCGUGA